AUGAGCCGCAACUGGACUCGAAAGGCCAAGCAUCCGCAGUACACCUCCAUCUCAGUCAUGCCUGCGUACACCAAAUCACUCGUCGCCCUCCUCGCGGCCGCGGCCAAGUUGACCUGGGCCCAGGCCGUCGUCGACGACUUUCAGUGCGACUGCUACGUGAACGACGGCGAGCACCCGGCCUACUACCGGAACCACAGCUUCUGGGACUUUCGCUUGCUGCCGAUUCGCCCCGGCCAACCCAAAGUCAUCCCAGACGUCGCCGGAAAUCUCCACGCCCACCCGACCUCCUCCCUCUUCAGCGGGCCCAACCCCUUCACCGACUUCUGGUCCGUCCAGCAGUGGCCCAACAACAACCAGACGUUCCCCAUGGUCGUCACGCGCAACAACCUGUACAUUGAGCGCGACCCGGACGGCGGCCAGGGCAGCACCUUCAUGACCAUGCGCACCUCGCGCCUGCCCGGCUUCCAGACCGCCGCCGAGCUGCAGUCCAUCAACAGGGUCGACCACGCCAGCAUCCGCGUGCGCGCGCGCAGCCACGGCGCCCCGGGCGCGUGCACCUCCGUCUUCACCUACCGCGGCGCGCCGCUCCUGCAGGACGUGCAGGAGGCCGACAUCGAGAUGCUCACGCGCGAGCCCGACGCCACGCAGGUGCACUACACCAACCAGCCGUCGUACCGCACCGACGGCACCACCGUCUGGGGCGCCUCGCACGCGGCCGCGCUACCGGGCGGCCGUCGGUGGUCCGACUGGCUCACGCACCGUCUCGACUGGACGCCGGGACGCACAACGUUCAGCGUCGACGGCGUCGAGGCGCACACGCAGACGUUUCAGGCGCCGCGUGACCCCAGCUUCGUGCUGCUCAACGCGUGGAGCGACGGCGGCGUGUGGACGGGGCAGAUGGCGGAGGGAGGUGAGGCCUUCCAGAACGUCCAGUGGAUCGACAUGCUGUACAAUAUCCUGCCAGCCGGAGAGCGGUGCGACAGGAAGUGCAGCAUUGACAGGUCGCCCCAGGUCGGCAAGCCCGUGCCUGUCUAG